AUGUUUUCCUUCUGUUGCUCUACCCAUCAAUUUUCAUUGCUUUUUUUUUACCGCACAUGUUUUCUUUCUGUUGCUCUACCCAUGAAUUUUCAUUGCUUUUUUUUACCUCACAUGUUUUCCUUCUGUUGCUCUACCCAUCAAUUUUCAUUGCUUUUUUUCACCUCACAUGUUUUUCCUUCUGUUGCUCUACCCAUCAAUUUUCAUUGCUUUUUUUUUUACCUCACAUGUUUUCUUUCUGUUGCUCUACCCAUGAAUUUUCAUUGCUUUUUUUUUUUUACCUCAUGUUUUCCUUCUGUUGCUCUACCCAUCAAUUUUCAUUGCUUUUUUUUUUACCUCACAUGUUUUCCUUCUGUUGCUCUACCCAUCAAUUUUCAUUGCUUUUUUUUACCUCACAUGUUUUCCUUCUGUUGCUCUACCCAUCAAUUUUCAUUGCUUUUUUUUUACCUCACAUGUUUUCCUUCUGUUGCUCUACCCAUCAAUUUUCAUUGCUUUUUUUUUACCUCACAUGUUUUCCUUCUGUUGCUCUACCCAUCAAUUUUCAUUGCUUUUUUUUACCUCACAUGUUUUCCUUCUGUUGCUCUACCCAUCAAUUUUCAUUGCUUUUUUUACCUCACAUGUUUUCCCUUUGAAGCCCUGUUCAUUCAUUUUCCUUGCUUUCUUUUCCCCCCAUACCUUUUCCUUUUGUUGCCCAGUCCCUUCCGUUCUUUUCUUUUCUUUUUCCUCACGUUUUCCUUUUUUCACCCUGUCUAUACCCCCCCCCCUUUCCCUUUUUUUUUUACCUCACACAUUUUUCUUUCAAUGCCCUGUUCAUUCGGUUUCCUCCCUUUCUUUCAUCUCAAUUCUUCUCAUUUUGUGGCACUGUCCAUUACUUUCCCUCCCUUUCUUUUACCUCAGUUGUUUUCCUUUUCUUGCCCUGUCUAUUUCCUUUCCUUUCUUUUGCUUACCUUUUAUGUUUUCUUUUUUUGUCCAGUACAUUCACUUCCUUUCCAAUUUUACCUCACAUGUUUUCCUUACAAUGUCCUGUUCAUUCGUUUUCUUUCCUUUCUUUUACCUCAAUUGUUUUCCAUUUGUGGCACUAUCCAUUCCUUUCUCUUCAAAUCUUUUUCCUCACAUGUUUUCCUUUUUUUUACCCUGUUCACCCCUUUCUCUCCCUUUCUUUUUCUUCACACCUUUUCCUUUUAUUUCCCUAUCUAUUCUUUUUCCUAUUUUUCUCUUUCCUUGUGGGGUUUGCUUUUUUUGAUAUGUUCAUUCCUUUCCAUUCCUCUCUUUUACCUCACAAAUAUUCCUUUUGUUUUCCUUCUUUUGGCCAGUCCAUUCCCUCCUCUCCAUUUUGACCUCACAUGUUUUCCUUACAAUGCCCUGUUCAUUCGUUUUCCUCUCUUUCUUUUACCUCAAUUGUUUUCCUUUUCUUGUCCUGUCCAUUCCUCUCUCUUCUUUUCUUUUUCCUCACGUUUUCCUUUUUUUUUACCCUGUUCACCCCUUUCCCUCUCUUUCUUUUUCUUCACACCUUUUCCUUUUAUUUCUCUAUCUAUUCGUUUUCCUAUUUUUCUCUUUCCUUGUGGGGUUUGCUUUUGUUGUUAUCUUCAUUCGUUUUCCUUCCUUUCUUAG